AUGAGUAUCCAGACACCACCCAGACUGCUGGACUUGGCAGCAAGAAGCUUGCUGAGGAUCGAGGCCUCAGCCAUCGCUGCUCUGGAGUAUCUGCCCCCGGAGCUCUUCCCCCCACUGUUCAUGGAGGCCUUCUAUGGGAAUCACAGGGAGACCCUGAAGGCCAUGGUGCAAGCCUGGCCCUUUGUCCGCCUGCCUCUGGGGGGCCUGAUGCCGAAGCCUCAUGUAGGAACCUUACAAGCAGUGUUGGAUGGACUUGAUAUCCUGCUUGCCCAGAAGGAUUGCCCUCGGAGAUGCAAACUACAGAUUCUGGAUUUAAGGAAUACUGACCAGAAUUUCUGGAGAAUGUGGUCUGGAGCCAGAGCCCAUGUGCGCUCCAGCUCACCUCUGGCACCAGUGGCUGAGGACAGGUCAAGGACAGAGCAGCCCUUGGCUCCCUUAGAGUUGUUCAUAGAACUUCACUUCACGAAGAGGACCAUGGAUGAAUUUCUCACCUACCUCAUCAGGUGGGUGGAACAGAGGAAAGAGUCUAUCCACCUGUGCUGUAAGAAGCUGAAGAUUAUUUCAAUGUCCAAGGAAAAUAUUAAGAACAUCCUGAGUAUGGUGCAGCUGGACUGUGUCCAGGAGUUGGAAGUGAAUUGCACCUGGCAGCUGUCCACCCUGGCUUUGCACGCUCCUCAUCUGAGCAAGAUGCGCAAUGUUCAGAGAAUCUUCCUCUCCCACGUCCACGUGUCUCCUUUUGAGGAGCAGGAGCAAGAGCAGCAGCAUGUUGCUCAAUUUACCUCUCAGUUCCUUAGGCUGCACCACCUCCAGGACCUCCGUAUGGAAUCUCCAUCCUUUUUGGAAGGCCACCUAAACCAGAUGCUCAGGUGCCUGAAGACCCCCUUGCAAAGCCUUUCAAUAACUCACUGCCUGCUAACGGAAGAAGACGUGAUGCAUCUGUCCCAGUGCCCAAACAUCGGUCAGCUACAUGGCCUGGAUCUAAGCGGUGUCAUGCUGACUGAAUUUAAUCUUGAGCCUCUUCGAGUUCUGCUGGAGAAAGUGGCAGCCACCCUGCAGACACUGGACUUAAAUCUGUGUGGGAUCAGGGACUCCCAACUCGAAGCCAUUCUGCCUGCCCUGAGCUGCUGCUCAGAGCUCAGGUCCUUCAGCCUGUGUGGGAAUCUCCUCUCCAUGGUUGUCAUAGAGAGGCUGCUGCAUCAUACGGAUGGGCUGCCUGUUUUAGAUCUAGAACUUUAUCCUGCCCCUCGUGAGAGUUACAGCCCUCACAGGGUUCUCCACCCAGAGAGACUUGCCCAGCUUCAGGCUGAGGUGUUGAAAAUUCUGAGAGACUUGGGACGCCCCAGGACCAUCUGGCUUAGCUCCAGCCCCUGUCCUCACUGUGGAAAUGACACAUGGUAG